CAGGAAAUGACUCACACUCAGUGUCUCUGUCUCUCUCAGUGUAGACGGUCAGGAGAAUGGCAGAGGCCAGUAUUUCAGUAGAUCAAUACCAGUUCAGCUGUCCAGUCUGUCAUGAUCUGCUGACGGAUCCAGUGACCAUUCCCUGUGGACACAGUUUCUGUAUGGUGUGCAUUAAUGGCUGCUGGGAUCAUGAGGAUCAGUGCGGGGUCUACAGCUGCCCCCAGUGCAGAGAGUCCUUCACUCUGAGGCCUGUUACACGCCAAAACAACGUAAUAGCUGAAAUGUUGGAGAAACUGAAGAAGACAGAAGUCCGAGCUGCUCCUCCUGCUGGAUCUGGAGAUGUGGAGUGUGAUUUCUGCACUGGGAGGAAACUCAAAGCUGUAAAAUCCUGUCUGACAUGUCUGGCCUCCUUUUGUGAAGAUCAUCUUAAACCUCACUAUGAAAUUCCUGCUUGGAAAAAGCACAAGCUGGUCAAAGCAUCCACACGACUACAAGAGAAGAUCUGCUCUCAACACGACAAACUGAUAGAGAUCUACUGUCGCACUGACCGAAACUGCAUCUGCUAUUUGUGUACAGUGGAUGACCACAAAGGCCACGAUACAAUUUCAGCUGCAGCAGAGAGAACCCAGAAACAGAGGGAGCUGAAGGAGGUGCAGAGAGAAUUCCAGCAGAUGAUCCAUGAGGAACAAAAGCAGCUACAGAAGCUGGAACAGGCUGUGGACACUCUUAAGAAAAUCAACAAAAUGGGUGUUAAAGAACUCCUGGAGAAACUGGAGCAGGAGGUCGCUGAUCUAAAGAGGAGAAACACUGAGCUGGAGCAGCUUUCACUCACAGAGGAUCACCUCAGUUUCCUCCAGAGUUUCCCGUCUCUGAGCGUCUCUUCUGGAUCUGAGGACUCCUCCAGCAUCUCUGUCCAUCACCAUCUCUCAUUUGAUGGAGUGAGGAGCGCUCUCUCUGAUCUGAGAGAGAGACUAGAGGAGUUCUGCAGAGAGGAGUUCAGGAAAAUCCCUCCACAGGCUGCAGCAGCUCCUUUAUUACUCUCAGAACCAAAGAGCAGAGAAGAUUUUCUACAGUAUUUCUGUCAGCUGACUCUGGAUCCUAACACAGCAAAUCCGUACCUCAUUCUGUUUAAGAAGCACGGAGUGGUGAAGUGGAGUAAUAAAGACCAGCGUUACCCUGAUCAUCCAGAGAGAUUUGACCACGUAUAUCAGGUGCUUAGUGUGGAGAGUCUGAGUGAACAGUGUUACUGGGAGGUUGAGUGGAGAGGAGAUGUGUACAUAUCAGUCUCAUAUAAAGAGAUCAGCAGGAAAGGCGGUAUUGACUGUGUGUUUGGACAUAACAAUCAGUCCUGGAGUCUGCUGUGUUAUUCUUCCUCUUUCACUUUCUGGCACGACAACAUCAGAACUCCGGUCCGAAAAGCUUCAUCCUCCAGAAUAGGAGUUUAUCUGGAUCAGAGUGCAGGAAUUCUGUCCUUCUACCGCGUCUCUGACACAAUGACCCUCCUACAUACAGUCCACACCACAUUCACUCAGCCUCUCUAUGCUGGGUUCUGUGUUUAUACAGAAUCAUUUAUGAGGUUGUAUGGUAAAAAAUGGUGAUGGUGAUCAGGGCUGAUGGUUUGUGAGGCCUGUUUGACUAAGUGUCUGCUUUUAUCAUCCCCUUUUCCUCCUCUAAAUAUAUAGUCUAUUAAUACUGAUUAUCCUCUUGAAAUCUCAGGUUUAUUACACUGUAAAGGUUUGUUCCCACACAGUGACUGCCCACUUUUCCAGUGCCUCUGGUACAGGAAGUAAAUAUCCCAUUUGUUUUCUCCAUAGAAAACAUCUUUUUAAGCACCCCAAUUAGCUACUAGCUCAAUCAUAACAUAAUAACCACUUAUUUGGAGUGGGAAAUAUUCUGAAAAACACAAUAAGGCAAACAUACAAGACUGUAUACUUGUGUGUUUAAUGUACUUCAGAUCCCAAAAAGCGCUGUGAAUGAUUUAAGCAAUUGCAUGUUUUCUUUUUACUAUGUUAGAAUGAUUUUAAGAACUGUAUUAAUCCUCUUAUGGAUUGUUUUACUCAUUGAUGUUGUCUCAAUAGACAAAUAUAAUUACACCCAGGGAACCUAUGACACUUUAUUAAUAGUGAUGAUAUAAAGUGUGUUUGUGUAUUUACCUUAAGAGAUCUGCUAUUGUUGGUAAAUAAUGUGAGGUGUGUAAUCUGUAUCUUAUGCUGUAAUAGUUUGGUGUAAAUAAAAGUGAUUUACUAAACCUUC